AUGGCCACUGCACUCCCCAUUCACCAAACCCCCGUCCUGCAACACUCCGGCUCCAAUGGCGAUGUCCAAGAUUUGCCUCCCCCUGCUCCUAUCGCGAAGAAGGGCAAAGCGAAGAAAGAGAAGCACUUGAGCGCCGAGGAAAAUGCAAAACUCGUUCAAGCCAGACUAUCUCAGUUGGAGCAGGAGAAAGCCGGCGAGAAAAAUCAGCAGGCAGAGGUCGACCGUGAGGUGAAAAAAGCAACCAGAGAUCUCAACGACCUAAUAAGCAGCGUCGAAGGCCCCAUGAAUCGUCUUGAUGUCGUCCAGAGAAAGUAUGAGGAACUUCUAUCCGACAUGAAAAAGCUGGAACGUGACCAUGCCAAAAGCAAGAAGCGUGCAGAUCAGUUACAAAAGGACUCGGAAAAGGCAAAAACUGAACACAACAAGACCGCCACCAUGAAAGAUAAGCUGGAAAAACUAUGCAGAGAGUUGACAAAGGAAAACAAAAAGCUCAAGGAUGAGAACAAAAAGUUGGAUGAAAACGAGAAGCAGGCACGUGAGAUGAUGAAUGAAAAGCUCGAUCAGAUGCUCUAUGAUGUCCAGGAUGCCAUGAAUUCAAAGACCACCACCCAUGCCGAAAAUUUACACCUCGAACUCGACGAAUUAUUCAAGACGAGGUGCAAAGUCUUGUCCGAUCAGGCCGAUAUCCGUGAAACCCACUUCAAGGCCAUCCUUCGCCACAAGGACGCCGAGAUAGCUCAUCUGCAGGCAAAACAUGAGGUGGAACGAAGACGAGCCGAUGCUGAGGCCGCCCGCUGUCGUACUCUGACCAAUCAAGUAUCCACCUUCUCCCACACCGAAGCAGAGUUGAGAAGCCAGCUCAAUAUCUACGUCGAGAAAUUCAAACAGGUGGAAGAUACUCUCAACAACAGCAAUGAGCUGUUCCUCACCUUUCGCAAGGAGAUGGAAGAGAUGUCGAAAAAGACCAAACGACUAGAGAAGGAGAAUCUCACUCUGACUCGCAAACACGACCAGACCAACCGGAAUAUUCUGGAAAUGGCCGAGGAGCGAACCCGAGACAAGGAAGACCUCGAAAGACUUCGCAAGCAGGAACAACAGAUGCGGAACAUCAUCAAAUCCAUGCAAGAACAAGGUCGAGGAGGUCCGAUCCAGCAAGACUUGGUCGAUGAAGAAGGCACCGAAAGCGAAUACGACGAAGAGUAUGACGAUGAGGAAGAUGAGGACGACGAAGGCAGCUAUGAAGGGGAGGAAGAAUUGGCCGCCGAAAUCGCCAAACCUGUCUUCGGACCUGUACCACCACCGGAGAUGCUGGCGGGUAAAGCCAACGGCCAGCGUGCGACAUCUGCUUCGGCCAGUGGCGUGGUUAAUGGCGUUAAGCAUUGA